UACGUAGGGCGCAUGCGCUUCAGGCAGGCGCCAUUUUGAAAAACGGAUUCUGUUGUCAGCUGAAGUUUCUAAGCGUUUUGGGUGAAAAACUUGACAGAAAAGAUGCGAGGCCCACGCCCCACCACCCUGCGUGCCGUGUUUGAGGAGUGUCAGAAGGGACAUCAGAACACCACCAAGCUGCUGGCAGCGCUCAAGAACAUACACGCUACUUACCCAAACCCUGACCAGUUCCGGGCAGAGUUCAUCCACUACCUCAAGCACUCCCUGGUGGUGUUUCGUCGCGAGCCCGCGGUCGAGCGGACCCUGGAGUUCGUCGCCAAGUUUGCGGGAUCCUUCGCGACCGAUGGUGGCAGUGGCAGUGACGAGGAGAAAGAGAACACAGGAGGGAACAGGAAGUUUCACAUGGACCUGUUCGACUUCCUGUUGAAGUCCCACAAUGCCAACAGCCAGGCCGUGCGCUUCCGUGCCUGUCAGCUCGUCAACAAGAUGCUGAACGCGCUUGGCGAGGAUGCGGAGGUGGACGAUGAUCUGUACGACCGGAUCUUCGAGUGCAUGCUGAUGCGCCUGCGGGACAAGAUCCCCGCCAUCCGCGUACAGGCUGUGCUGGCGCUGACUCGACUUCAGGACCCUUCAGAUCAGAGCUGUGCUGUUAUCACAGCAUACCUGUACCUGUUGGGUUGUGACCCUAACCCUGAUGUAAGACGUGCUAUCCUGUCGUGUAUCGCUCCGUCCACUCACACCCUGGGCGGUGUGCUGCAGAGGACACGGGAUGUCAACCAGUCUGUACGCGUUAUGGCGUUCAAGGUCCUGGCGGAGAAGUUCCACAUCCGAGCCCUGACCAUCGCCCAGCGUCUGCAGGUCCUGCAGCAGGGUCUGAACGACAGGACAGAGGCGGUGCGUGAGGUGUGUGGGACCAAACUGCUGCAGUCCUGGCUCAGGCUGUUUGAAGGGAACAUACUGGAUCUCCUGGGGUGUCUGGAUGUGGAGACUACCUGUGGUACAGAUGAGGACACAGCCACAGGAAAGACUACAGGAGAGGAGACCAUUGAGACUGCUGUCAUGUCCAUGUUCAAACAGACACCUACAGACGAACUCAUCAGUAACUUUGACCUUCUGGGGGAAAGCCACGUGAUUCCCCUGGACAGCCUGACGUGUGAGUCGGCCCUGUACUGGCGCUGCCUGUGUCAGUAUGUGAAGUCUCUGGGUACAGAUGGGGAGGAGUACCUGGAUAGACUGUUACCUAACCUGACUGCCCUGUGUGACUAUGUACAGAGUCACCUACAGACCCUGCCCAGUGUAGAGGGAGGGUUAGACAUGACUUCAGCUGUAGACGACCAUCUGAGGAAGGAAUUUGUAGCUCAACAACUGAUGAUGAUACUGGGCAUCCCUGACCUCACCGACGAAGUGGGACGGAAGCGGCUUCGCAGCCUGGUACACGACAUGCUCCUGUCUGACAACAUGACGCGCCCCCUACUGAAGCUGCUGAUCCUGCGGUACUGCAGCGUACAGACAGACCAGGAGGCACGCAUACGCGAGCUGGUGGAGGUCAUCGCUGACAUCCGCGAGCCAAUUACGGUGCUGGAGACAUCCUUGAGUCAGGAGCAACUGAGGCAGAAGGAACUCAAGCUUGCGUCUAUCCGUGUGAAGCUGAAUGAGGCUCGUGAAGAGAUGGACCAGCUGGUGGCCGUGCAGGAGUUCCAAAAGGCUGCUGAGAUGAAGGGGCGAGUAGAAGAGUUGGAGCUGAACAAGUCUGAUCUGAUGGAGAAGAUGCAGCCCCAGACUCAGGAGGUCAGGACUGAGAAGAACGACUCUGUGACCCUGUUGCGGUGCCUGACCAUUGCUGCUGAGAUGUUACAGACUCUGACUCUGAAGGGACUCACCCCCACCCUGCGCACACUCGUGGACUCACUGAUGCUGACAGGUAUUCAGAGUGAGGACCCUGCUGUGCGUAACAUGGCUGUCCGCUGUCUGGGCCUGACAGCUGUGCUGUGUAAGGACACAGCUGUGCAGUACCUACCUCUCUUCCUACAGGCUUCCCAGGUGGAUCUGGAAGCGAUCCAGGUCACGGCCUUGCGCACAGUAUUUGACCUGCUGCUCAUCUUCGGCCUGAAGGCCUUCGGGGCGGAAAACUCUGAACAGCAGAACCAGAGCGGGGAGGGAGAGGGGGAGACGGAAGAGCCCCAGCAGGCCACGCCUAACAACACAGCCAACAGCCUACUGUCUAUCCUCACUGGCAUGCUGGACUCAGAGAACACAGAUAUCCGCACCAAUGCUGCAGAAGGGCUGGCUAAGUUGAUGAUGUCUGGCCGUGUGCUGAGUGGGAAACUCCUGUCCCGUCUGCUGCUCCUGUGGUAUAACCCCACCACCGAGGACGACACACAUCUCCGCCACUGUCUGGGCACAUUCUUCCCCAUGUUCGCUUUCUCUGGGAGGUCCAGUCAGGAGUGUGUGGAAGAAGCGUUCCUCCCCACCCUGCAGACGUUACUGGACGCCCCCGACACGUCGCCCCUGGCAACCGUGGAUGUGGGCAACGUGGGCAGUCUGCUGACCACGCUGACCAGUCGCUCCAACAUGCGGCAGUUCUGUGUGGAGAAGACAGGCAAACCUGACCUGCCUAGGGACAUGGAGGACUACUCAGCCCAUGACAACCUUGCCCUGAAGCUGUGUAAUGAGGUCCUGAAGGACACCUACUCCCCUGAUGUCAGGAUGUUCUGUAAGAUCCUGGGAAACCUGGAGCCCACAGCUGCCAGUACUGCACACCUGAAGGACCUGUAUGUCUUAUCUCAGCAGAUCACUCAGGAGGUGGAUGACAGAAUGUCCCUGCGCUCGGUGGAGCAGUUCCAGAAGACCCUGUGUGAGCUGUGUCCUGGUCUGACAGGUGACAGUCAGGAGAACACAAGUCAGACAGAACAACAGAAGGAGAGUUCUACAGAACAGCAGGCUUCUACAGAACAACAGGAGACUACAGUAGAGGGAAACACUGAAGACGCUCAGGGCAAGAAGGGUAAAAGUACAGCUGCCAAGAGAAAAACAGCAACAAAAACUCCAGGGAAAACUUCAGCCAGGAGAGGCAAGAAGAAAGCAGAAUGGGAAUCAGACAGUGAUGCAGAUGCAGAAGCCAGUGUGUCUGAGAGCCCAGCGCCGGCCGCCCGUGCCCGAUCCACCCGUAAGGCGGCGGCUCGUACCAGGGUGAACCUGCAGGACCUGCUGACUGACUCCGGCAGUGACGCGUCCAUCGAUGACUCUCACAUAGUACCCAAAAGGUCAACUCGAAGAACUCUACGCUCAUAAGACAACACAUCUUAGGGCCUGUUUAACUGUGUAAAAAUGCUAAUGAUAACCAGGGAUUAUAAUAAAGAGUAUGAAAUGUCAAUCAUUGAAAAGGAGUAAAAAAAAAAUGGACAAGAUCAAGAAUGAGUAGAACUCUAAUGUACACAUUUUUUAGUGCCUUGAAUUUUAUUUCGCUCAGACUCUGAGUCAGACUGCAUUUUUGAAAAAAAAAAAAAGGACCUGGGGGGAAAAUGUAAACAUUGAUGACUGCAUAGUGUCACUGUCAGCCUACUGUACACACCACGUAGGGGCAAUAAUUGUCAGCAGAACAGUUCUAAUUUUUAGGAAAUGCUGUACUGCAGAAAUUCUGUUGUCAAGCAAGAAUGACACAGUGGUGUGUAUUUUCUCAUUGAUGACUGGAAACCAUACACUGAGAACUAUGUGAAGUAGUAUUCUCCUAUCAUUCUUAUAUCAAGUUUUGUCCUUAUCUAUAUUUCCAGUGCACUAUAUUUGCAUUCUGUGAUAUUGUGCCAAUAUUAAUCUGUUGUAAGGAAAGUUUUAUUUGUUUUCGAGAUUUCUUUUUCGCUGAAUGUAUUUUUUAAAAGCUCUUACUUUUGGAAACAAACUAUUGCUAUAUAGUCUAAGGCAUGAAUGUUGAACUUGGUGAUUAAACUGUCAAUUAUCACCUUCAGCUGAUAUUAAGUUUCUUGCAUACCUCUUGAACUUGAAAUUUAUUCCACGUGACA